AUGAUACCUUUCAAAGCAUUUUAUCAUGAAACAAUUCGACGAAUUCGAGAUUAUAAUAUUUUCAUAAGAGAAGAAAACGAUUAUGAUGAUGAAAAUCCAACAAAUGAAAGAGAAAUUGUGAAAGAACAAAAAUAUGCAACUUGGCUUUACAUUCUUCUUCUUUUCAUUUCAAUUUACAUUCUUUUCUUUGCAAAUUUAAUUCAACAUCAACAACAUACAAUUGUUAUUUCUAAUAUAACUUUAAAUAUGUUUAAGAAACUUUCUUUUGAAUAUGACAAAACUCUGUUAUGUCCAUGUUCAAAUAUAAAUAUUCCACAGAAGAAUUUCAUUGAUCACAUAAUUAAAUUUCAUCCUGUGUGUUCGAGUAUCUUUGUAAGUGAACAAUGGAUAAAUUCAUUGUAUUUAAGAAAUGCGAGUAUUUAUGGAACAAAUGAUUUUCGAUCAACAGCAUAUUCCCAAUUUCGACUUUUAUCAGAUCUUUGUUCAUUUUCUCGCGAAAUAACUGAUGAAAUUGAAAAGAAUUUUAAUAAUGAUGAAAUCAUCACAGAUUAUCUUCUUUCGGAAAAUCAACUCGAAUCAAAAGUGAAUAAAACAAUUGAAUUUCUUCGAAAAAGUCUAUCAGUUCGAAUAAAUUUAUUUCUUAAUUAUCUACGUUCAAUAAUUCUUGGAAAUUUUCUCGUAUCUGCUCUAAAUACCAAUUAUCUUCUGACAAUUGUUAAUUCAUUAACUGAUCCAAGAUUAGCGAGUACAGAUACAUGUUAUGUCUUCAGAAAUGAUCUUGAAAAACACUUAAUAGGUUGUAGUCAUUUCAAUUCAGUAGGUAAAGUUUCUUUUGACAAUCUUUCGGAUGUGACAAUGUCGAUGUAUUAUGACUAUUUGGAAUGGCGUGAAAACGAUUCAAAUGAUUCGAUGGUUGAUGGAUUUUAUACAAGUUGUUUACCUUUCGAAGGUCUUCUUCAAAGUACAUUAGAUUGUUUAUAUGAAUAUCAAUGUAUUGAAUUGUUAAUGAAAAGAUUUCGAAAUAUUAUCAAAAUGAAUAUCAAUUGGAACAAUUCAUUGUUGAUUUCAGAUAAAGAAAAGAAAUCAAUUUCUCAUUAUCUUAAUGAUUUAUUUGUUGAAGAAUGGUUAACAAAAAAGAAUUAUACUGAAUAUUUUCAUAAAUGUUCACCAUCAUUAUGUUCAUAUACAAUUUCGAAUCGAACAAAUUUUUCUUAUUCAAUUACUUUAUUAAUUAGUCUUUAUGGUGGUUUAAUUCUUAUUUUACGAUUAUUUACGCCAUUUCUCGUCAAGAUUUUCUUUAAAUUCAAACAUUUUAUUAUUAAUCAUCAUAAUUACAAUUUUUUAACUUCAUUGAAAAAUAAUAUUCAAUUCUUUAUUGAACAUAUGAAAAAGUUAAAUUUAUUCAAACAAACUAAUCGACGAACAGAAAUUCAUCUAAAACAACAAAAGAUCAGCACACGUGUUUAUUUUAUUUUCUUUCUCGGUUUAAGUACAACAUUGAUUAUUUACAAUUUGAUAAAUACCGAAAUAAUCCAAAUAACAAAAAUGAAUCCAACAUUAAAUGAUUAUGAUGAAUUACAAAAGAUUUCUUCAUCAACAUGUCAAUGUCCAUGUUCAAAUGUUAUUAUAUCUUAUGAGAAAUUCAUUUCUUUUUCUCCAAAAUUUCAUGAAAUUUGUCGAAGUGAAUUGAUAAGUGAAGAAUGGCUGAUGAUUUUAGAACAAACUCGAAUGGGAUAUGAAUUUUCUGAUUGGCGAAAUGUUGCUUUUUCUCAUUUGAAAUUCAUAUCUGAAAUGUGUCAAAUAUCAAAGAAAACAAUUGAUGAUGCCAUUGAUCGUUUUCUUUCGAAUCCAUUUAUUGUUUUAAAUCUAUUAAGUCAAGAAAUGUUUUAUAAACAAAUCAAUGCAACAUUUGAUGAAUUUUCUCGAUCAAUUAUUAAAUAUUUUCAUUUAUUUAUCAAAAUAACCCAAAUACAAAACCAAGUCGAUCAACCAUAUUUUGGACCAAUUAGAAAAAUAGGAAUGCGACCAGAAAAUUCAAAUCCUGUUGCAACUUUUACAAGAAAAACAGGAUCUGAUCAUAUUCAUGUCGAAAUAAAUUUUCAAUUACGUGGUCCACGUUAUUCAAAUUCUUCGAAUUGUAUUUGUGCUAUUGAUGCAAAUUGUCAAAUUCCUGUUAAUAUUUUUGAUUUUGAUCGUGGUUCAACACGCAAUCCAAUUAGUAUUCAUCGUUAUACAGCAUAUGGAAUAGUUCAGGGAUGUUCAACUAUUAAUUCAGUGAUGUUAUCAACAUUUGAAUGUUAUUAUAAUCAUUCGGGUUGUUUAUCAAGUCUCUUGAAUUAUAGUAAAAAAACUUAUAUUGGGAUGGUUGAAAAUCCAUCAAGGUUUUCUGUUUCACCAUUGAUUUAUCAUUCAGAAACAAGUCGUUUUCCGCCAAAUACUUCAAUAUCGAGAAUAAUCGAUGAAAUCAUGGUUGAACAAUGGAAUCCUUUGUCAUCAUAUGAACAAUUUUAUCGAUCAUGUUCACCGAAAUCUUGUUCUUAUCUGGAAAAAGUUCGUGCGAAGAAUGUUGUCGAAGUAAUCAUUACAUUUAUUUCAACAAUUAGUGGUCUUCGCUUUAUUUUACGAAUAAUUAUACCUCAAAUGAUCAGAUUGAUUUAUUAUUUAAUCGAUAAAUUCAAAAGACGAAGAGAACAACAAGAACAAAAUCGAUUGAAAAGAUGCGAUCGUUUGAGAAAAUUAAUAAUAAAAUUAUUUAAAUCUUCAUCGAAUCAUUUAACAAAUUUCAAUAUCUUCUAUUUCCGAGAUUUUAGUAAUAAAAUUGAUCAAAGAACAGCAAAACAAUUAGGUCGAUAUGCAACUCGUUUAUAUCUCAUCUUAUUCAUAGGAAUUCUUCUUCUUCUUACUCUUUAUAAUUUUGUUGAAAAACAAAAAUUCACAAAAAUAUUUGAAAAUUUAUCUUUAAAUUUAACAAAAGAACUCUUUCUAUUUUAUAAAGAUGAUAUUAAAUGUCCAUGUUCAUCAAUUGCUUCAUCAUACAAUUGGUCUGUUGAAAUAGAUACAAAAUUUCAUCAGAUUUGUUCAAGUCCAUUUGCAUCGAAAGAAGGUCGAAAUAAUUUAACAUUAAAUCUCAUUUCAAAUCUUUCUUCAUAUUCUUUAUAUGAUUAUCGUCGAUAUUUGUCUGCUCAUUUACAAUAUCUUGAAGAAUUAUGUCAACUUUCUCAAGAAACAGUUCAAAUAUCUAUUCAACAAUUGAAUUCUUCAUUAUUUUUCACACCUGAACUUUUAAUUGAAGAAAAAUUUGAUCGACAUAUUGAAAGAAUUCUUGAACAAAUCAAAUUUAACACAGCGAAAACACUUUUUUCUUAUUUUUAUCUAAUUCGAAGUGUUCAUCAUGGAAAUGGAAUGAUCACAACUUAUGGAACAAAUUAUAAAUAUUUUAAUCCUUGGAAUUUUCUUCUUCAAAUUCAUAUUUUAACAUUACCAUUGAUUUAUGAUGAUCAAUGUUCUUGUGCAUUAUCUUCAAAUUGUACAACUCAAGCAAAAUUUAUUGAAGAAAAUUCCUAUGAAAUUCCAGGACUUAAAAUUGGUUGUUUACCUACUGAAUCAUUUCGUUUAUCAACUCUCGAAUGUUUUUAUAAUCAAACAUGUUUAAAUUUUAUUGGAUUUUAUGUCAAAUCACCUUCAUUCAAUGCACUUCGUUUCGAUAAGACAAGUCGAUUUGCAUUAAAUACAACUAUUGAUUAUUUCAUAAAUGAACUCUUUAUUGAACAAUGGAAAGUAACAAAGAAUUAUUCGGCGUAUUUUCAUCAAUGUUUACCAUUCAUUUGUUUACGUACAAUUGUGAAACGAUUCAAUUUUCUUCAUUCGAUCACUAUUCUUCUUGCUUUUCAAGGUGGUUUAACAAUUGUUCUCAAAUGGAUUUGUCCGAAAUUAAUUGAAAUUUUCUAUAAAAUAGAAAAAUAUCGAAGACACAGAAGAAAUACAAUUCGACCAGUGAGAAAUAUCAAUAACAAAUGCAAUACUGAUCGAGAUUUUCUAUCGACCAAUGACACAUCUUCAAGAAAUGUUAAUAAUUCUAUUCGAUGUUCUUUCAAACUAAUUUCUUUAUUUGGAUUAUUAAUUCUUCUUAUAACAAUUGUUGUUAUCUAUUCAAUACGAAUUAUUCAAACACAAUUUACACAAACAAUAUUUACAACUAUUGAUAUUACUAAACAUAUAUCAACAGAUACAACGAGCAAUACGAUCAAAACAACAACAACAACAACGACGAGAACAAGAAGAACUACACUGAAAUCAAAAUGUCCAUUCGAAUUCGACUUCGUCGUAACUAAUCGAAAUAGUUCAUCAAUAUCCCUGGAUUCACAUAUAAUUAAUGAUUUUAAUGGUGAUCAAAAUCUCGAUAUUGCUUUCCUUGACAACAAAAAACGAUUUGUAAAAGUUUUACUUGGAUAUGGAAAUGGAAGUUUUAGGGAAACAAUCGCAAUUGGAAAAAUUUUACCUUUGGAACAUGGAACAAUUGCAAGUGGAUAUUUUGAUAAUGAUAAUCAUCUUGAUAUUAUCGUCUUAGAUCUCUCACUCGCUUUUAUGUUAAUUUUCUUUGGCAAUGGAACUGGAUUAUUUUCCAAAAGAUUUCCAAAAAUCUUUAUAAAAGAUUUUCAAAAUCCACUUGAUAUGGCAAUUGGAGAUUUUAAUGAAGAUAAACAUGAUGAUAUUGCAUUGGCAAUGGGUGUAGAAAACAGUGUGGCCAUAUUUAUUGGUAAUGGGGAUGGAAGAUUUUCUACUCAAAAAGAUUUUUAUACUGGAUUAAAUAGUUUUACAACAAAAAUAACAAUUGUUGAUUUGAAUAAUGAUAAUCAUCAAGAUAUUUCUGUUCUCAAUGAACUUAAUCGAGAAAUUGGAGUUUUUCUUGGUUUUGGAAAUGGAUCAUUUCAAGAAUUAAUAACAUCGUUUACAGGUGGUCGAUAUUAUGGAUAUUCUUUUGCUUUUGGUCAUUUUAAUCAUGAUGAUUUGAUUGAUGUAGUUGUACAAUAUUCUCAUUCGAAUUUUAUUAUUGUUAUGUUUGGUUUUGGAAAUGGAAGUUUUAGUGAACGAAAGAAAAUUUCAACGGGAAAAUUGUCAAAUAAUCGUCAAAUUUAUGCGAAAGAUUUCAAUGGUGAUCAAAUUGUAGAUAUUGGAUUUGGUUUAGAUGAUAAAAAAACAAGAAAUAUUUUAAUUGGAGAUGGUUUUGGUGAUUUUGACAUUGAACCAAUAUUUUCAUCUCAUUUUAAAUAUGAAGUAUCUAUUUGGAUUGGUAUAGGUGAUUUUAAUAAUGAUGAAUAUAUUGAUAUUAUCGAAGUUGAUAUCAGUUCAGAAAAACAAGAAAUUUUUCUAAAUAAAUGUCAAUGA